AUGAAACUUGACGCUGAACGCGAGAAAGUAGCCUUGCUUCACCAACAAGGUUCUCAACAAUCAGAGUUGUUGAGAGAACAGGGUGCUCAACAGUUUGAACUGUUGAUACAGCAGCAGGCUGCUGCUGGUGGGUCGAUGCACUCGCGUCGACCCGAGACUUUGAAGAUUGACAUCUCCAAGUAUAGGGGAGUCGAAGAGGACUCCCUCUUGAGAUGGUUCGUCGAAUUGGAUGACGCCAUAACGGCGCGUCGCAUCGACGACGGGGAUAUGCAAGUUGCAUUUGCCCAAUCAAAUCUGGCAGGACGUGCCAAGACUUGGGCACUGGGGCUCAAGUUGCACGACCCAUGUGCGUUUGGGUCGUUGGAAGUCUUCAAGUCGCGGCUCAGACAAACGUUUGAACCGCCUAGAGCUGAGUUCAGAGUCGAACUGAACUCUUGA